AUGGCAAGCGCUGUCCUCCCCCAGAAGCGGGUGCUGGGUGAGACCCUCACUCGUCAGAAUAUCCCAUCUUCCCCUUCAUCGAUCAAGAAGCGCAAGGUCGAUGCCUUCCAGUCCUCGCCGGCCGCCGCCAGAGCCCCCAGCUCGCAGAACGACCCCCGAUCAAAGAUGAACUCGAGCCAGCCCAAGAGUGCCUUCGAGUCUGAAGUUCUCGAGAAGCUGAGCCAAGACUUGUCAGACCGGAAAAAGAACAACACAGAAAAAGAUCAGGCAUGGGAGCGACCGCCUGUCGUCGACUUCGAGCCUGAGCGAGACAGUCUCUGUUUCCAGUCUAUUGAGGCUGAAGAGGGGACAUUGCACGGCGGAAGGGCAACCGUCAAGCUCUUUGGUGUCAACGAAGCCGGCAACUCGGUAAUGCUGCACGUCACCGAUUUCAAGCACUACCUGUAUGUUCCUGCCCCUGUCAAUUUCCAACCGCAAGAUUGCGCCGCCUUCAAGGCGUAUUUGGAGACACAGGUGGCUCAGCACCAGCCGACCAUCCAUUCGGUUGCCUUUGCCAUGAGAGAAAGUAUCUACGGAUUCCAGGGAAACCAGUCCAAGCCAUACCUCAAGGUCACGGUGACGGAUCCCAAGUUCAUUAACAAGGUUCGAUCAACCAUCCAGCAUGGCAAUGCCAAUUGGAAGCGCAUGUGGAAGAACGACGGCGAGAUCCAGACUUUCGACAACAUCCAAUAUGUGCUACGAUUCAUGGUGGAUUGCAAGGUCCGAGGAAUGUCAUGGGUGGAAGCCCCGGCAAAGACCUUCCAGCUCCUUCCCGAGAACCUUCGCCAAUCCAACUGUCAGAUCGAGGCUGAAGUGAGCUAUCUCGACCUCAUUGCUCACGAGCCGGUCGGUGAAUGGUCCAAGAUGGCCCCCCUGCGAAUCCUGUCCUUCGAUAUUGAGUGUGCUGGCCGAAAGGGUAUCUUCCCUGAAGCACAACACGACCCCGUCAUCCAGAUCGCCAACAUUGUGACGAAAUACGGAGAGAAGAAGCCCUUUGUUCGAAACGUGUUUUGUCUCCAAGAGACGAGUUCCAUUGUUGCAACUCAGAUUCUCGAGUUCGAGAAAGAGGAGAAGAUGCUCAGCGAAUGGCAAAAGUUCUUGAUCACGACGGACCCUGAUAUCAUUACCGGCUACAACAUCUCGAACUUCGAUUUCCCCUACCUUCUGGAUCGAGCAAGACAUCUCAAGGUCAGCGGCUUUGAGUACUGGACUCGAAUCCCGAGCGUGGCGUCCAAGGCCAAGGAAACCAACUUUUCGAGCAAGCAAAUGGGCAACAGAGACACGAAAGCCACCAACACCAACGGUCGACUUCAGCUGGAUAUGUUGCAACUGAUCCAGCGAGAUCACCACCUCCGAAGUUACACCCUGAACUCGGUAUGUGCCAAUUUCUUGGGCGAGCAGAAGGAGGAUGUCCAUCAUACAAUGAUUACUGAGCUUUUCAACGGUACCCCCGAAUCGAGACGGCGUCUUGCGCUGUACUGCUUGAAGGAUGCCUAUCUCCCACAAAGGUUGAUGGACAAACUCUCGUGUCUGGAAAACUAUACCGAAAUGGCGAGAGUCACGGGUGUGCCGUUCAACUUCUUGCUAUCUCGUGGUCAGCAAAUCAAGUUCAUCAGUCAGCUGUUCCGAAAGGCUCUGGAGCAGAAGCUCGUCAUCCCCAACCUCAAAUCUGAAGUGUCUGAUGAGCAGUACGAAGGAGCCACAGUUAUUGAGCCUACCAGAGGCUAUUACGACGUUCCGAUCGCCACACUGGAUUUCGCUUCUCUGUACCCCAGUAUCAUGCAAGCUCACAACCUUUGCUACACCACCUUGGUGAGCAAGAAGGCGAUUGAAGCGUUUGGUCUCCAGAAGGACGAGGACUACAUCGUCACGCCAAACGGCGACACCUUUGUAACGGUGAAGCAACGCAAGGGUUUGCUGGCGCAAAUUCUCGAGGAAUUGCUUGCUGCCCGAAAACAGGCCAAGCGCGAAUUGGCGGUUGAGAAGGAUCCCUUCAAGAAGGCUGUGUUGAACGGUCGCCAGCUGGCUCUGAAGAUCAGCGCAAACAGUGUGUACGGCUUGACAGGUGCGACAACAGGAAAGCUCCCCUGCCUGGAGAUUGCCAGUAGCACAACGAGUUUUGGUCGCAAGAUGAUUGAGAAGACCAAGGAGGAGGUUGAAAACCGAUACAACAUCGCCAACGGUUACUCGCACGACGCUCAGGUUAUUUACGGUGAUACGGAUUCGGUCAUGAUCAAGUUCGGCACCAAGGACCUGAAGGAAGCCAUGAAGCUCGGCGAGGAGGCGUCGAAAUACGUGUCGGACAAGUUUGUGAAGCCCAUCAAGCUUGAGUUCGAGAAGGUGUACUUCCCAUACCUGCUCAUCAACAAGAAGCGUUAUGCAGGUCUGUACUGGACGAAGCCGGAGAAGUACGACAAGAUGGACACCAAGGGUAUCGAGACGGUCCGACGUGACAACUGUCUGCUGGUGCAGACGGUGAUUGAGAAGGUGCUGCGAAUGAUUCUGAUCGACCAGGACGUCCAAGGUGCACAAGAAUAUGUCAAGGAGACGAUUGCGGAUCUGCUGCAAAAUAAAGUCGACAUGUCGAAAUUGGUCAUUACCAAAGCGCUCACAAAGGACGAUUAUGCAGCAAAACAGGCCCACGUCGAGCUGGCUCAGCGCAUGAAGAAGCGCGACGCUGGCUCGGCCCCGGGACUCGGUGACCGAGUGGCCUACGUCAUGGUCCGAGGCGCCGCCGGCGCCAAGAACUUCGAGAAAUCGGAGGACCCCAUCUACGUGCUGGAACACAAUGUGCCGAUAGAUACGCGCUACUAUCUGGACAACCAACUGGCCAAGCCACUGGGCCGUAUCUUUGAGCCGAUUCUCGGGGAGACUAAGGCACGCUCGCUUCUGACGGGAGACCAUACACGCACCAUCUCGGUUGCGGCUCCUACCGUCGGUGGCCUCAUGAAGUUUGCAAAGAAGACGCAGACCUGCAUGGGCUGCAAGAAACCUCUGACAGGCAAGGAGGAGGCUCAGGGAGCGGUGUGCUCUAACUGCGCGCCUCGCGUGGGAGAGCUCUAUAAUAAGACGCUUGAUCGAGUUUCGGACCUCGAGGUGCGUUUUGGGCGACUGUGGACCCAGUGCCAGCGCUGCCAGGGCAGUAUGCACUGCGAGGUUAUCUGCAGCAGCAAAGAUUGCCCUAUCUUUUACAUGCGCAUGAAGGCCAAGAAGGACCUGGAGGACGCGGGCCGUGAAUUGUCUCGCUUCGAUGCCGACCAAGCAGCCAUCUGGUAACGGCUGUAAAGGAAGACGUGUGGGAGAAGGGAGUAAUGAUGUUGAGAUUCGCGACGGGGAGGGGGAUCUCUCUCUCCUCGUCCGUGUCGAGCUACCCCUUGUUUGAUCUUUCUUUCUGUGGUUUUACUAUACGGAUAUAAGCAGUUGUGGGGGAAAAGAGUGACUGGCAGAGAGGGAUCUGUCGAGCCGGGCGGCAAGACGAGGCCAUGGGCGGGGAUACGAAAUGAAAGAGAAAGCUGCUGGGACAGGCGCAGGUGGAUGGACGGAUGGUACGCGCCCAGGUACAAGCAUAUUGAUUAGGCGCAGGCGCAGGCAUCGUGUUUUGAUUUUGUUGUCGUUGAAUGUACGUAAGGCGUUUCCGGAGGCUCGGGGCCGGGGCGGGAUUGGAGCUGGACCAGGGCCCAACGUCAUUGCAGAUAUCACCACAUUUUUUAUUAGUUUUAUCUGUAGUAUAGAGAACACAAGAGUGGCAUUGCAUUGUA